UAAAUAAUUAAUAUUGUAAUGUUAGAUUUAUGAGAAAUGCUUUUUUGUAUUUAUUUAUUUAAGUAUACUAACUAUGGUUCUAACCAUUUCAUUAGUGCACAUUUUCCAGCAACCAUUUCAAACAGUUAAAAAGCAUUAUAACCAAAUAAGAAAACAAGAUGAAGUUGUUAAAGUUUCAGAACUGAUUGAUGAACAUAUUGAUGAACAUGGAUUUGAAUAUACCAAACACAGACUAGUAUGCCAUAAUAUUAUUCCUCAAGUAUUACGUCGUGAUCAAACUUUACAUGUACCAGAAUUUGUAAUCGAGGAAGAAUGUUGGUAUGAUGAAAAAGGUCAAAAAUUUUGGGCUAGGACAAGAAAUUUGAGUUGGUCAGACAUUGCGACAUUGUCUAAUAUAAUAACAUUAUCAAUAACACCUAAUCCAACAUGGACCAAGUAUGAAAUAGAUGGUAUAACAGACUUUUUUGGUACACAACCUCAUGGAAUCGGUUAUGCAGUUGAGUAUUUUUUAAAAAAGUAUACAGAAAAAAAACUCAUGGAACAUAUAAAAAUAGUUGAACAAGAAUGCGAAAAACUUCAAAUGUAAAUUUUAUUUUUUAUAUUAUAAUAUAAUUAUGCACUAUAUUUUUACAUUA